UCAUCAUCUACUUUCUCUCUCCUAAAAAAUAACCCAAACUUCCCUGUAAUCUCUCUCUCCUAAAAUCACCAGAUUUUCUCUCCAAACACCACCAUAAUUGCUCUAAGUCGAACACAAUUUCAACAAAUUUCUUGCGAUUUUCGCCUAAAUUUUGCUAACAUUGUUCAUAAACUUGCAAAAAUCAAGGCAAAUCGAACAAUUGAAGUUGGCAUUUCAUCAAUGAAACCCUAGAUUUUUGCAACAAAUCGAAGUGAAAUCCGAAUGAAACGAAGCGAUGAGCAAUCGAAUCUUACUGAACUUGGUUACGAAAUGGAAAGGUUGAUAAUGGAGGUUCCGACGACGUUCGGCGGCGAAGAUGCGGCGGAGAUGGUGACAGAGCUCUGGCGGAAUUUUGUGAGCGGUAAAACUCGGAGUUACGAUUGGAGAGUUACUCAGUUGAAGAGUAUUGUCAAAAAUGUUAAAGAACGUGAGACUGAGAUUGUUGAUGCUCUUCGUUCUUACAUUAAUAAACCUGAAUUUGAGUCCGUUUUAUUUGAGGACAUCAAAAUAGGAAGGUGGAAUAUGGAGGAUGCAGAAGCCACGACAGCAAGGUAUGGAAUCCAAGUGGCUCGUAGAUUGGGUGUUGCUUGUCUAUGGUUGGAGGUUACCAUCAAAAUUAAUAUAGUUAUCUUAUCUUUUUAUAUAGUGACCUUUAUGUAAAUGUGGUCAAAAUUAAUAUAGUUACCCUACUUUUGUAUAUAGUGACCUUAAUAUAUGUUGUAAAAAUUGAUACAAUUACCUUAUUUUUGUAUAUAAUGACCUUUGUGUAAAUGUCGUCAAAAUUAAUAUAGUUACGUUAUUUUUAUAUA